AUGAUUUUCUUGAUAUUGUUGUUGAUUGGCGGUGUUGAGAGUAUCAAAAGUUGUAUAGCGAAAGAGCCGGUGAUAGAACCGGAAUGUUGGCUUCACUGUCAUCCACUUUUGAGUCCAUAUGUUUCGGUGGAGAUUUGUUGCAGCAUUGCUGGUCACCGUUUGUCCGGGACUUGUUCGCCGGAUGGGAAAGCGAUUUGCGAAUGUGCUGGUGACUCACCGUUUGAGGAAUAUUUGCCAAUCAAGAAA